CCACAAUCCGUGCACACUGUACAGCGGUAACAAGCCUACAAAACAAAAAAUGGCGGACAGAGCGAAAGAGAAACAGAAAACUAAAUGAUAAGAAUUAGUGUUCUUUAAAGUAGAGGAACUAUGAAGAUUAUUAUUCUAGUCAAAUGAAGGCUCAAAACAAGAGACAUGCUUCCAAGCAUUAAAAGAACUCUUGCUACAGAAACCCCUGAGGAAAUCUCUCGCAACUCCGAGAUAAGGAAAAGACUUAUCAAUGAAUUUUCGAUCACUGUUAAAGAGUUACAGCGAGUCCACCUGGGGUCUGACUAUGAGAUAGACAAAAAUGAUGAGUAUGGCUUGAUGCUGUGUACACUGUUGGAGGCAGUUUUUCUCCAUGGAUAUCAUGAACACUCAGUUAAGCUGUCAAACUUCUACAACAUUCUUGGAAGAAUUUCAUCAGAAGCCACCCCUUCUCAUUCAUUCUGGGCAAUCCUAGUUGAUGUCACCCACCAAGAUGUCAUCCAGGAGAUAGAGAAUCUGUCACACAUCUCCUCUCCUAUCGGGCACUGCAGGGCAUGGAUUCGUCUGGCGCUUAAUGAGGGUUUAAUGGAGAGCUAUAUCAACUCGCUUCUGUCAGAUAUAAAGAAGAUACAGACCUAUUAUAAGCCCAGUGCUUUCCUGAGGGACGGGGAGCUACCUUACAUCAUGGUUUCCUUUCUACAAGGCAUUGCUGAGUUCAAGUUCCACCUGAAUUACAAUACGCCCAGCCUGAACACUUGGACUGGGGAUACUCUAGCAUAUGCCGGGGUGUGGCAGCUAGCCAAGAUAGCGAGUCCUGUGCCCUCAAACAGACCUGCAGCCACCCCACGCGGUACUUCACUUCCUAGCAGCCAGUCCGCAUUCAGGCCCAUUGCCACAAAGACCGUCACUCAUACCUACAAUGAUGCCCCACCCAGGAAGAAGAGCGGUUCACCCAAGCUUUACACUAGCAAGGAGAUUGACCAACCAAAACCAAAGAUCACUCGUGAAGAGACAUGUCAAGAUACCGUGAAUGAUGAUGCCCCUCUGGUAGGGGACCCAACAGAAGGCGAUGAUUCAACAGAUAACCAAGCCAAGACGGAGCCAGAAGUAGAACAUAUCAGUGCCAACAACCAAUCACCGCCCGCAAUAAGUCCAGUGUUGAUGAUGGGAAGCAACAAGCUGGGUAUAAACAAUGGGUGGUCCUCAGCAUUCCAGGUAGAACAUAAGGAAACACAGCCCGCCGCUGACGCCGAGAUAGAGAACCAGCAAGACAAUGGAGGGGAUCAGAAGGCGCGUGGCGGUCAAGAAAAGCUUAACGAACAAGAAGAUCGCGAAGACAGUUCAUCAAAACGUCAGGAAGUACCGACACAGUCGACUGCGGUUACAGCUAGUGAACCUGCCAACCCUCCCCCCAAAGUAGUCAGCUACAAUACCUUACUUAGUGACUACACAGUUCAGGCGCCGGCCACGUUCCCGACAUCUUCCUUUGAAGAAGAAGAAGACGCUCCUAUAGUGGAGACCAGAAAGAUUCCCUCGCCUGAAUCUCCGGACUUCUCGCACAAGGCUGGCUUUGAGGUGGUUCCUCACUGUAGCUCCGUUCACUCUGAACACGCGGACAACCACACCCAGGACCUGAUGGCCAUACUCACUCAUAUCGCCAACGAACAGGGACUGGACUCGCAGAACUAUCAGUGCAAAGGCUGCGGCAGGAAUAUAGGUAUGAUAUACGGUGAGGCCAAGGUGUGCAGUUACGAUGGCGGCUACUAUUGCUACGAGUGUCACAUGGACGAAGAUCACGUGAUCCCGGCACGUGUCAUCUAUAACUGGGACCUGCGCAAGCACCGCGUGGCGAGAUGCACCAAGCUUUUUCUGCUACAAAUCGAGGAGGAACCCCUACUCAACAUCGACGAGACCAACCCGACACUUUACUCUGUGGUAGAGGAACUGGAAGAGAUUAAGGUUUUGCGGCAGCAGCUACAGCACUUGAAAGGCUUUCUGUUAACAUGCAAACAACCAAUAGCAGACGACAUUCGUCGGAGGAUAUGGCCACGUGAAUAUUUGUGGGAUGACAUCCACCAAUAUUCAUUACUGGACCUGAUCCAAACUCAGUCAGGACAACUCGCACACCAUCUUAAGAAGAUCAUCGGCCAGUGUACUAAGCAUGUCUACAAAUGCGAUCUAUGCUGUCAAAAGGGUUUCAUAUGUGAAUUCUGUAAUGAUCCGAAGAUAAUUUACCCUUUCGAAGUCAAGACUACUUUUCAGUGUCCCAAGUGCAAGUCCGUAUCUCACAAAUCCUGCAAGCGCGAUGAGAAUUGCCCUAAGUGCGCGAGGAGACAAAAACUGAAGGCUGCCAAGCUUGCAGACAAAACAAGCCUGGACUUUGAUUCUACGUGGUGAAAAGAGCGCAAAUGCAGCUACAAUGCAGACUGCCGCAUCAAUGAAUUUUAAUAUGAAAAUGGCCUAUGAGGUCUUGUCAAUGAGUCUUAUCAGUUGUAUGCUCUGUAUAAAUUUGAAUUAAUCGUUGUAAUUAAUAGAUUGUUUAACCUUUGUGUGUGGCAGCUAGUAGCUCAAGGGGCGAACUCACCCUUUCCAAAAUACACUGCAUGUUUUUAUUAAAGUCUUAAAGUUUUAAAGUU